UGCUCAAAUUCAAAUAAUCAAAAUGUUUCGUUCACCACAACAUGAUACACAUACAUCUACACGAGAUAAUUUAAAUGAAACUCUUAUUGAUUUACAAAAUAGUACGUUUAACGAACAGUUAACAAAUCCGUAUGUCGAUCGAAAUAGUAAUGAGAUUUGUGCUACAUCGGUCAAACUACCACAAUUCUGGACAAGUUGUCCGGAAGCGUGGUUUAUUCAUGCGGAAAUGCAGUUUAGUACCAAAAAUAUUACACAAGAAACAACAAAGUAUGAACAAGGAGAUAAACAUAUGGUCAAAAGGAUGUAUAAGUUGCCAGAAAUCUAAAGUUUAUCGUCACACAAAAUCUCCUGUGAGCA